AGGAGUCAACUGUCAAAAACAUAGAAGCGUUGUGUUUACGUUAUAACCAAGUUAUUUUAAUUUAUCCAUCAAAUUAGCACUGGAACUAAGGCACGGAAAAUUAAAAUGCCUCCUCUGGAACCAAACGCCACAAACACCGAUGAACCGGGUCCAAUUAACGCGGUGGUCGGAAUUAUUUACCCUCCACCCGAGGUGAGAAACAUCGUCGACAAAACCGCCAGUUUCGUCGCCAGAAACGGCCCGGAAUUCGAGGCCAGGAUCAGGCAAAAUGAGCUUGGGAAUCCGAAAUUCAACUUCUUGAAUACAGGCGAUCCAUAUCAUGCUUACUACAAACAUAAAGUCAACGAUUUCAGAGAAGGGAAAGGACAAGAACCAUCAUCAGGUUUGCCAGCAGCAAUAUCAAAACUAUCAGUGACUGCAGCAGCUCAACAGAAACAACAGGAAAUUUUGAAACAAGUGGAACAACCCUUUGUACCAAAAGAUCCGCCGAUCGAGUUCGAAUUUAUCGCCGAUCCACCGUCAAUUUCAGCCCUUGACUUGGAUAUCGUAAAGUUAACAGCACAAUUCGUAGCACGUAAUGGAAGACAGUUUUUAACUCAGUUAAUGAACAGGGAACAACGUAACUUCCAGUUUGACUUUUUGCGACCCCAACAUUCGCUGUUCCAAUACUUCACCAAGCUUUUGGAACAAUACACAAAAGUCUUGAUUCCGCCUAAAAGUAUGCAGCAGAGAUUGCGCGACGAAGCAACGAGUGCGAGGUCGGUUCUCGAACAAGUUAAAUACAGGGCUGAAUGGCAGAGGUAUCAGGAACAGCAGAAGGCCAAAGAGGAAGAAAUUCUUGAAAGGGAAAGAGUUGCCUACGCACAAAUCGAUUGGCACGAUUUCGUAGUCGUUGAAACGGUGGAUUACCAACCGUUCGAAAUCGGCAACUUCCCACCACCAACCACUCCUGAGGAGGUGGGUGCUAGAUUGUUGAUACAAGAGAGGAUAGAAGAAGGGGAGGAUAUUGAAAUGCAACUUGAAAGUGACGAGGAAGAAUCCGCCCACCCUGAGGAAGGUUUGAGUACAAUGCAAGACAGGACGCAAAAGCGUGGCAAGGACGACAACCGCGUUCAAGACAUGGAAGAAGACAGUUCUGAUGAAGACACAGGGACGAAUGAUAAACAACCAAUUCAGCCACCCCUACCCCCGAUACCCGAUAAAGUCGUGGUCAAAAAAUACGACCCCAAACAAGCUGUUAAAGUCACAAGACCUACAGUUGGCGAUGAUUUCCUGGUGUCUCCGAUUACUGGCGAAAAGAUUCCCGCCAGCAAGGUCCAAGAGCAUAUGCGCAUUGGACUGUUGGAUCCGCGAUGGGUUGAACAAAGGGACAAACAGGUCGCCGAUAAAAUGAACCAGGAAACCGUUUAUGCAGCCGGUUCGGCUAUCGAUGCCAGUUUGAAACUUCUUGCCGAACGUCGUACCGAUAUUUUCGGUGUCGGUGAUGAGGAAACCGCCAUUGGUAAGAAGAUAGGCGAAGAAGACGUAAGAAAAGACGAGAAGGUAACCUGGGAUGGACACACUUCGAGCGUGGAGGCCGCCACCAGAGCCGCAAGGGCUAACAUCACUCUAGAAGAGCAAAUCCACCAGAUCCACAAGGUUAAGGGUUUGUUACCUGAUGAGGAGAAGGAGAAGAUCGGGCCGAAGAACGUUUUGGGGUCUAAGACCGUUAAGACGACCAAGGCUCAUCCCAUGACGAAUCCCCCGAAAACGACAACCCAGAUGGCCCAAAUGCCAACUCAAACUACAAUUCAGUUGCAAGUGCCUCCACAACCUAUCAUCGCACCCCAGCCGCAAAUCAUGAUGAUGCCAGCUCCUCCUAUGCCUCCAAUGAGGCCUCCACCUCUCAUGAUGGCUGCUCCUCCACCGAUGGCUGGCUUUGUAACGCCGAUGCCGCCCCAAAUGGGGCCGCCAAUGAAUAUGCCUCACAAACAUCCCAGCGACGGACCUUCAGAAGAUGAACCAACGAACAAGAAAAUGAGAAAUGAGGAUUCAUUAAUUCCAGAAGAAGUUUUCCUUACCAGAAAUCCUAGCCCAGUUAGUAUCAAAGUGGCAAUUCCAAUGGUACCAGAUAAGCCAGAAUGGAAACUAUCUGGACAAAUGGUCAGUUUCACUUUACCCUUGUCUGAAACUGUUGCGAAUUUGAAGGCGAAAUUACAAGAAGAAACGAAUAUGGCGCCGGCUAAGCAAAAGUUAUUCUUUGAUGGGAUGUUCUUUAAGGAUUCAAACACUCUUGCAUAUUACAAUAUUACUCCAGGUGCAGUCAUUCAAUUACAAGUGAAACAACGUGGUGGAAAAAAAUAAAGUGAUUAGUUUAUUCUUUGUAUUUUACAUGAAUGUGGAUUUAAAAUUAAAUUGUCAAUAUAUAAAUCAAUUUUAA